UAACAUAACUACAGUCUCUUCUAUCCUUUUAACUUUGAGAUUCAUGUCAGAUUUGAUCCACCUGCUUUAUCUAGGAUACAGAAUUUUCCCGUCUUUAAUGGAGUUUUGAAUUUGGAUUCGACAUAUGGAUUACUCGGCUUUGCGACUGAUGAUUUAAAGCUUUCGUAUUCUUAAAUCACUUCUAAAGAGCUGGCAAAUCCAUUCUGUUUCAGAUGCAACGCUGCUGCCUAGAACAAAUGCAUUUUUUAACUCGAGGAUUUGUGAGCCGCUAACUAUUUCCAGCUGAUUAACAAACCGACUACUCAUCUGUGUCAGUAAUGAUUGUUCAUUUCAAUAAGUCAAACUGGCCUCUGCUGUUCUUUGCUGCUCUGUGGAGCCUCAGCUACCCGGGUCUGCUCACCGCAUCGCCGGGCAUCAGUCGCAGCAAGCCCAAGGAGCCGCUGGACCCCAAUGUGAGGGAGUGGGGAGACUAUUCAGACCUCCCCCCUGGGAUCGAGCAGGGGUUGGGGUUAGACGAAGAACAUGGCGAUAACAGAGGAGCUGGAGAGUCCUCAACCAGCCUGGCUCCGGAGCUGGAUUUCCUGGCAGACUUUGCAGGUAAAAAGAGACUGUGGGUGAUCACAGCUCCAUCCCAUAAUGACCACUACCUUCGUAUGAUGGAGAAACAGCUGGAGGAAAUGGAGCAGAAAGCGCUGAACUGCCGUCUAGCAGAAAGAGACACAUUCAUCGUCACCAUCAUCCAGAACGCCAUGAUGGAGGGUCGAAUCCAGAAAACAACUUUUGAAGGAGAGGCCACAGUGGAGAGCCUGGACCCGGACACAGUUAGCAAACUGCUACAUUACCUGGAGCUAACCAGCCAGGAGCAAGGCUUCACCAUGCUGGUUCUAAAGAAAAACCUUCGGGCCAGUGAGCGCUUUCCUUACCCGGUCCGGAUUGAGGCGGUUUUGGAGCUCAUUGAUCAGUUUCCUUUGAGAAAUCUGGAGAAAAUGACCAGAAGAGGAUCCAACUUGAGAUGUAAAACCACUAAAAAGAAGCUUGUGAUGAAAAGGAAAAAGAAGAAGGUACUGAGCCCUCAGAGGAGAGGGAAUGUGACUUCUGUUGUGGCUUUACAAAGAAAACCUCCCAUGGACAAAAAAGCUGCCCUUAAGAGUAAAAUCCAGGAAAUACUGAGUGGACGGUCGAGGUUUGUUAUCCGUAAGGGGUCAACAAGGGUGAAGGAGCCUAGCAGUGCAGGUGGGGCCACUUCUAACAAACAGAAAAAGGUGCAAAGCCCUCCAUCUGUAUCAAAGAGCAUCGAAGAAGUGAAGAAAGACAGGCCUGACUCAGCUGUGGAAGGAGGGAAGAGAACACAUGGCGGGAAAAACGGUGAUGAGAAAAAAGAGCAGAAUGUAAAGGAGGACACGCAGGAAAAACAAAGCUCUAAGAAAAAGGGUAAAGGGAAGAAAGGGAAGAAAGGAAAAGGCAGAGGGAAAAAGUCCAACAGAGAGUUCAGUGAGAAGGAUAAAACAGCCCUGAAGGAGUUUUUGGACAAGUUGAAGGGGGCAAGAAGGUUAAUGUUGAUCUCAACGCCCAGCAGAGAGGCAACUCUGUACAUCCAGCAGAGAGACGACAGCAGGAAGCAACACUGUGACCUCGCUAUUAGGAAGAUCACCAUGGUGAUCAUUGUGGGAGAAGGAAGUGACGCCACGCUAACUAUGCAACACCACCAGCUAGAGUCUGAGCCUCCACUCAGUGACCGAUCAGAACAUUUCUCAGACUCGGGUCUGAUCUCUCUGUUGAGAUCAGAGCUCGGCCUGUCGUCCUCGGACCUCUUUUCCAUGACCGUCACAGACUAUGACAUCAAGCCCAACAGAGUUUUUGAGGCUCCCCCAUCAGGUCCUGCUCUGUUCGAGUACAUUGACAACUUUGCCUCAAGGCGCUCAGAAAAAGAAAAGGAAAGGAGGAGCCCUCCGUCCUGCUCCAAUGGGAAGCAAAAGCCUGAAGCUGAUAAUAUACUGCUCAGAUUCGUGUCUAAAAGGAGACUGCUGCUCAUCUCUGCUCCCUCUGAGGACGACUACUCCUUCCAGCAGCAGCUCUCUGCUCUCAGUGGACAGGGGUGUCACUUGGGCAUUCGCCACUUUGCCAUGUUGAAGCUGAUUGGAACUGGGAACAAAGCAUCAGGAACUGUUGAACUAUUUCCCCUAAACGGUCAUAGUCAGAGUGAAGUCGAACCUCUAUCCAGGGACAUGAUAAACAAUCUGAAAGAACAGCUGAAGAUCAGUAAGGACUAUUUCAGCAUGCUGUUUGUGGGGAAGGACAGCGACGUCAAGGCGUGGUUCCCGUCCCCCAUGUGGACCCUGGAUAACGUCUACGACCUGGUGGACUCCACGGAGCAGCGGGUGCAGGAGGAGAAGCUGCAGAAGAGACUGGGGAUCCACUGCCCUGAGGACAGAGGGAGAGGAGCCAGUGAGGGGGGGCAUUACCCCGGCUAAGAUGAAGAUGGGACGGAGGACGCAUACUAUCACCAGUCACAGCAAUGAUGAGAAGGAAGGAGGAAGAAGAUUUAGUGGAGUGAAGAAGAGCUUCCGAUAUUCUGGAGAUGACACAGCAAACACAUGAACAUACACAAGUUAAUAACAAGGACCUACAAACACAUCUUCAGCACAAUAAUAAGCUGUAUAUGUUUAUGUUUGCAAGAAAUAAAUGUGAAAGCUGAACAGAAAAUGUUUCAGGAAUGGUUUCAUUCUAGAAAGACUUAAGGAAAACACAUGUGCAACUUGUUUAAAUUGUAUUUUAAAAUCUGGUGUAGGCAUAUGCUCAUUGAAGUAACAAUGAAACAUUAAACUGUACUCCAAGGA